ACCCUUUUUCUUCUGCUCUUCAAACCCCCUCGAUUCUCCAUCUUCCUUUUUCUCCAAAUUUCCGUCUUUCUUCCCUUGUUCCUUCUAAAUUCUCACCCUUUCCCCUUUAUUACCUUCUCUUUAUUCUUAAUCUGUCACUUUAUGUUUUGAGAAGAGCAGUGAAUGCUUUCUUCAUCAACUCUUCCUCUGUAUUCUUUAUGAGAACUGAGAAUUUAUGCUUAAGCUCAAAACCCAUUUGUUGUACUCUGUUUUUUGAGCUAAAUUUAGCUGAAGUUUCUUCCUUGAGUUUAAUUUAUGCCUAACGUUCAUUUUUUUCUCAAUCAAAAUAGUUUCUUCUUUUAACCCAUGUUUCUUGAUUACAUUCUUUAAGUUGGGGUUUGAUUUUAGCUUGAAAUUUUUAUCUUGGAGAAGGGAAAAAUGAAGGGUUUGAGGUUACAGUUGUUGAUUCUAAAAUGCUUUCUUAUGCUUGUUCACAUCCCUUUUUUGUAUUCAUACCCAGUACCCAUGAACUGUUCGGAUGCUGCACGAUUAUGCACUUCCUUUUUGGCAUUCAAGCCUCAAGAGAACCAAACUCUUGAGGUGAUCCAGAGCAUGUUCGAUGUUUUACCCGAAGACAUUACUGUUGAAAAGGACAGUUAUGGUUAUGUGUUUAUCAAGAAGAACUGUUCCUGCUUAACAUCCAAGAAUUACGCAGCGAACACCACUUUCACUGUGAGGUCAAAUGAGGGGGGCGUGUAUGACAUGGUUUUAGAGGCUUAUGAUGGGCUGGCCUUGGUACCCAAUUUUACAAGGAAGGCGAAGGUUGGUUCGGUGGUGUUUUUGAGGCUGUUUUGUGGGUGUUCAAGUGGGUUGUGGAAUUACUUGAUGAGUUAUGUGAUGAGAGAUGAGGAUAGCGUGCAAUCUCUGGCUAGCCGAUUUGGUGUCAGCAUGGAAAGUAUUGAGAAUGUGAACGGGAUUCAGAAUCCUGACAAUACCACUGUUGGCUCUCUAUACUAUAUUCCAUUGGAGUCAGUUCCUGGUGAUCCUUAUCCGGUGGAGAAUAACAAUCCCCCUGCACCUGCUCCUGCACCAUCUAUCGAAACUAUUUCAGCCACUCAAGUAAAUCAUAAGGAUCAUGCUCCAUAUGUUUGGAUCAUUGGGGGCCUAGGUGCCGGGCUUGUUCUGAUAGUAUUAAGCUUUAUUCUUUGUGUUUUCCUGAGGUCAUCAAGCUGUUUUGCUGGAACUCGUGGAAAUCUCGAAAAGGAUCCUGAUGGCAAGAUUUCUUAUAAGUUUCAUAUUCUUCCAAAGCCAAGUUUCUGUUGUGGUUCAGGAAGGUACAUGUGUGGCAAGUCUGAGGAUUGGAACCAACCAAAUGGGGAAACUAGCAACCACCAGAUUACCAUACCAAAAAGUUGUAACAUUGCAGCGCUUGGGACUGAUAUGCUUGACAUGGAGAAGCCUGUGGUUUUCACGUAUGAAGACAUUCAUUUCUCAACGGAUGGGUUCUCUGAUUCCAAUCUCCUUGGCCAUGGAAAUUAUGGUUCUGUUUAUUAUGGUUUCUUACGCGAUCAGGAAGUUGCUAUCAAAAAGAUGACUGCUACAAAAACAAAAGAGUUUAUGGCAGAGAUGAAAGUCCUAUGUAAGGUUCAUCAUGCAAAUCUGGUAGAAUUGAUUGGCUAUGCUGCUAGUGAUAAUGAGCUCUUCCUUAUUUAUGAAUUUGCUCAAAAGGGUUCACUUGGAAGCCAUUUACAUGAUCCCCAGAACAAAGGUCAUAGCCCACUUUCUUGGAUCAUGAGAGUUCAAAUUGCUUUGGAUGCUGCUAGAGGUCUUGAGUACAUCCAUGAGCACACUAAAACCCAUUAUGUCCAUCGAGAUAUCAAGUCAAGCAACAUCCUGCUUGAUGGUUCCUUCAGGGCUAAGAUUUCAGAUUUUGGGUUGGCAAAACUGGUUGGAAAAACAGGUGAUGGAGAAGCUACAGCAACGAAAGUUGUUGGGACAUUUGGAUAUUUGGCACCAGAGUAUUUGAGUGAUGGCCUUGCCUCCGCCAAAAGUGAUGUGUAUGCUUUUGGUGUUGUUCUCUUUGAGAUUAUAUCUGGAAAGGAAGCUGUCAUACGGAGUGAAGGAACAUCGAUGAAAAAUUCUGAAAGGCGUUCACUGGCAUCCAUUAUGUUAGCAGCUCUCCGUAAUAUGCCGGACUCCUUGAGCAUAUCAAAAUUGAAAGAAUAUAUUGAUCCUAAUAUGAUGGAUCUAUAUCCCCAUGAUUGUGUAUUUAAGCUGGCCAUGCUGGCAAAGCAAUGCGUGGAUGAGGAUCCUAUUCUUCGUCCCGACACGAAGCAAGUCGUGAUUUCCUUGUCCCAGAUCCUCUUGUCCUCUGUGGAAUGGGAAGCAACUCUUGCUGGGAACAGCCAAGUAUUCAGUGGUCUUGUUCAAGGAAGAUAAUCAAGGAACAAGGGCAAGGCACUUUCUCUGCCCUACUUUCUACUCAUAUUUAUAGUUACCUGUGUGUAUAGUAGGUGUUCCACUAUAGCAGCCAUAUGGUAGCAUUUCAUACGCCAUUCUGAUUUGCCUUCUCUCUUUUUCCCUCUCAGUUUACAUUCUGAGGAUUUUGUUUGUGUGGAAAAAUUUUGAUGUAAAACGCCACUAUUUAGCUGAGGAAAAAUGUUACUCUGUAAACAAGCUAUUUGGGUAUAGCUUGUGUUACAAAUUGUAGUCAUUUCUGCUAAUUCUUUUUGUUAAUUCUUUGUGUCAGUUCUGCACCCAGGGAGUUGUAGCUUGCUUGGCAAGGUAUCUUGCUUAAAUACCAUGGAGACUGAGGUUUAUUUUUUCAAGAAACUACUUCCCGGUAA